GCCGUCGCGUACGGACGUGCGGGCGGACCGACGAACGAACGAACGAACGACGACAAACACAAACGGACGGAUAGACGACGAGCGGAACGAGUGUGAGUCGCCGCCGAUCGGCCAGCGCGGUUGCGCGCAGCUACGCUGAAACGGCCGCGGCGAGGGGUACCGCUUCCGCUUCUCAGUGCACGACUUGACGCAACGGUGAACGACACGGGGGGCGAUCUGCGAUCGACACACGCGCGCGCCCGCGCGCGUACGCUAAGGAAGUAAUCUGGCAUCCCCGUGAAGAAGAGUGUUCGCGCGCGCGAGGACGAGCGGCAUCGAGAGUCUCGGCGGCACGCGUGCAACGGAUCGAUCGCUCGUGACACAUCGAGCCCACCGAGUUGUGAGAGAUUCCGGAUAUCGGGAAUCUUGUUCUUGUGUGAAACGUUACUCUCCGUCUCUCUUAUUCUCACGAGUCUCGUACCUCUUUCUCUCUCCGUCUCUCUCUCAUCUUCCUUACAACGAGCCCCAACGACAAAGACAACAAGGAAAACGCCGACGACGGGCCCGUGCCCCAUGAGUGCUCCGAACUGCGACGUCGCAUCGCUCCGAGUGGACGACUACCCGUCGCGAGGAUUUCUCCGCGCGGAUCAUCGGCCGGCGGCCUUCUCGCCCUCCCAUUGACGGCGCCGUAGUUGAGAUCACGAUGACUAUGGACGUGAGCAAAUCCGAGACGAAUAAAAAUGGUUCGACGCAGCAGGAGUGCGCCGGCUGCGGGAAGACAAUUACGGAGAGGUACCUCCUCAAGGCCCUGGACCUCUACUGGCACGAGGACUGCCUCAAGUGCGGAUGCUGCGACUGUAGGUUAGGCGAGGUCGGCUCUACCCUCUACACCAAAGCUAAUCUUAUCCUCUGUAAGAGGGACUACCUCAGGCUCUUCGGGAACACGGGAUGCUGCGCGGCAUGUAAUAAGCAAAUACCGGCGUUCGAGAUGGUCAUGAGGGCCAGAACGAACGUCUAUCAUCUCGACUGUUUCGCCUGCCAGCAGUGCACUCAUCGGUUUUGCGUAGGCGAUCGGUUUUACUUGUGCGAGAACAAGAUUCUCUGCGAGUACGACUACGAGGAGAGGCUAGCGUUCGCUAAUAUGGCGUUACAGUCACCCGCCUCAUUAGCAUACAUCAAAAGGCAACUCCCUCCUACACCAACGCCACCGGGCCAGAACAUGCACCCGGGACACAAUCCGCUCCAAGCUCAUCAAGGUCUUGGGCAGUCGGUAGCUCAGCACAAUCAUGUGCCCAACGGUCAAAUGUCAGGCGGCACGCCGACGAUGAACGGGACGACUGGGGUCGGCGGACCGAGGGCGCCGGGUGAUAUGAACAACAACGGUCUGUCCGGGCCCGCCCUCGGGCCCGUGAAGCCACCCCCGAUGUCCAUGCAGGCGCCAACCAGCUGAAACGAGGCUUCGCCGCCUCUGAAGAAGCUCAGGUGUCUCAGCGGUUACUAAAGCCGACGGGGGUUCUCUUCGCUCGUGGAAUGUAAUCGUGGAUUGCGGGCAGCGAGAAAGGGGGAGAAAGGUAUACGUUGCACCGCUGAGAAUGACGAGAUGGACAAAAAAGGGGUGGAUGGGUGGACGACAGAGAGAACGGGCGAGAUGUAGACGGGGGGAGGGGGAGGAAACGUCAAACGCGCGAAGAAUUGGGACUCCGAAGUGGAAUCCGAGGCUUCGAGGACAAAGUGACGAGUCUGGAGAUUGGAAUCACUGUGAUCGUGGAAAAUGGACACAAAUUUAACGGAAGAUAAUGUUAAUACAGUGUAGGACACGUGUGUGGCGUGAGCUGGAGCCCGGCACACCGUAUUUACCGCAGGCAUACAGGUACAUACAGAUACGUACACUAAUACACGAGCAUAGACACACAUACACACUCCUCCCGGGCAACGCAAACGUUUAAAUGACGUCGUAAAAUUCUCCAGACGUUCUUCAGGCAUCUCUCAGACUUUUGCGUUGUUUGCUGAUGCACGUACGCGUCUUGUAAGAUACGAUACGACACCCGACACACACACAAUGAUAAAUUAGAUAAUUCGUGUAAGAUAUAUUUCUCUAGCGUGAUGGGAGCGAAUGUGGUUCCGCGCGAGAGUGCGAAAAUUACAUGCGCGUGUGUAUGUGCGUGCGUGCGUGCGGCGGAGUCGCCUGUAAAUAUAUAUGUGUCGUAUUCGACUCCGCGAGAGUGAGAGAGGACGAAACAAUUACCACAGUAUACGCACGCCCAUCGAGAUGACUCUUGUCCCGCUCGUGAUACCGCCGUCGUCCACGCGUAAGGACGUAUAAGGAACGCCGGAUUUGAAAGGAGAGGGAACCUUAGCGAGAGCGAAGGAGACGCGAGGGGUUCUGUAACACGUGCCAUAGUCCCACGAUCUCCCGUUUUACAGCCGGCCGAGCGCGGGCAGCCACGAAAGGGAAAGGAAGCAAGACGACAUGACAGUCAUCUUAUAUUUCGAAAUUGGAUAAUCGGGGGAGCGCGAUAACACCCGAUUCUUUUCGGGAUAUAUUCGGGUCUGAAAAAUUAAUGUCCUAAAUUUUCUGUCGCCUCAUAGCACCGGUUGAAUUCUUCUUCGUGGCCCUUCUAGUCUCCUGAAAUUUCUGUUAUAUGUGUUACACGUCGCGAGUCAGACGCGCGAUCGGCUCACGCGACAGCCGAUACCAAAGAUUAAUUAACGACAUUAGGUUAAGAACCCCUCGGAACGAGCGCCGCGGAAAGAUUCAGUUUUAGACAGCCCGACGCAUCACGACGAAUUAUUUUUCGUAAGCUUCAUCCGUCGGCGAGUCUUCGCGACGGUGAAGAGCAGCGGCGGAUUAUCGCUUAGGGGCCUCCGAAACUUAACUUCGAGCGGUUUCGCAAAACGAUAAAGCAUAUUACUCUCAAACAUUUUACUAACUUUCAUUCACUAACUUUCGUUCGUUGACAAUGCUAUUUUUAUCAUAAUUUUAAAUUUUCAUUGACGAUAGCGAAAUAGAGGGAUUUAAAGUGAUUUACUGGCUGAGGGCUUUUAAGUAUUCCAUAAUCCGCCACUGUCCGAGAGUCGCGAGCUCCCAUCGGAGCAGAGUGAGGGACUUAGUCACUUAGCUUUAACGCUUUAAUGCCAAAAAUACAGGCGGCGCUUAUCUAUACCAAACGCCAAACGGCAUACAUUCGUAAUCAUACGGAGCCAGAAAGGAGACCGGCGGAAACGCUCUCUGCCGCGUUUACCGCCGCGGCAUUAUUAACUGUGAGCUCGUAACGCUAUUAACUGUGAGCAAUUUCCCGCGACGCCGGAAAUACCGGUCCGUCUCAUUCUCGCGUUACAUCCGGGCUUUCUCUCGUUCGCGGCCGGUUGCGCGCGAAAAUAACACUUCUCUUCUCGUUCCAUAUCACAGUUAGCAACAGUGACACUUUUUAUCUCGUGGAUAUGAAUUAGUGAUCCAUAUUACAAAUUUGUUUAUGCCGAAUAGGAUUGAACAUUAUUGUUGCAAUUAUUUAGAAAUGACAAUUAAAAUUGCUCCGAAUUCGAACGAAGUGAUCACUUAUCCGUUUAACGCAAGGUGCGCGAAGUCUGAGAGAAAGUGCGCGUAACGGGAAAUUAGUUUACAUCGAACAUUUGUAAAUGAUCGAGGAACAACGGAUCGAACCCGACGACUGUCGCACCGCGUUAGUACAAAGGUCCUGCGACACGGCGGAGGGGAACAGGUCGGACGACAGAGGCAAGCAGUACGGGGCGCAAAGAACAUUGUCUCCCUACGUAGGACAGAGAAGAGAGGGGACGACACUUUCCCAUUUUUUAUCCAUCUGUAUAUAAUAUCACUUACCUAGGGCUCUAUUAAUAAUAUUAACGACCGCCUAUCCCUCGCGAGGGGGGGAGGCAGCUCCCAUUACUACCGAGAAAAUAUAACAUUCUUAUAAAUACAACCUGGUGUAUUCCAAGAGCGUUUUUCAUUUCCAGUCGGAAGGAUCUGCGACUUCGACUCCGACAUACCGGCAGAUCCUACGUUCCGCGACCGGGACGUCGCCUUCUUCACCUUCGCCAUCACACUCUCCUCAGUUUCAACUCCUUCGUCCCUUUUCCCACCCAGCGAUCUGUCUUUUUGCUGUGCCACGAGAAAUCGAAAUUGAGGUAAGUCCCGACAUAUAUGAAAGUUCACCAGAUCUGAUCGAGGGCCCUAUUCAAUGCGUGAUUCCACAGGGUGGAAGGAUCGCAGGAGGGGUUAAGAGGGGAAAGACGGUAGCCGACGCUCUCUCGCGUGGCGCCGAGCUAAUACGAGAAGGGUGGAAACGCGAUUUCCCUAAUGCCCGCCAGCCCGCGGAGCCGAAUGUUAUUAUGCGCGGUGAAGACUUUAUAAUGGGACGUGGAACUCCUUAAAACUCGCGGAUACGCGCCUUCGAAAACGCCGGGCGGCUCCGUUACGGCGCGGAAGCGAGCCCAUAACUGAAAACUUAUGCCGCUGCGAUUGCGUUAUGAGGUCGUUUCGCUCGAUGGGCUGUGUUUCAUUUUUAGAAUUGCGCGCCGAGUGAUUCGUAAUCGGUUGCGUCACGCCGUUACAUCCGCCGUUCGUGGUGAAAAAACUCGGUCGCUCAGUCUAGUGAAAUACAUUGUAAUUAAUGAUUCGGUCAAAACGGACAACGCAAACAUCACGAAGUCGCUUUGUUUGAUGGAUUCUACUAGUUUCGCGAUUAGAGAGAGAAAGAAAGAGAAUGUAUGUGUUUGUGUGUGUAAUUACAUCGAGCACGUAACGCUAUUGAUUUUUUUCCAGUUAAAAAUCACACUUUCGGGUUAAUAAACUUCACGUUGUAAUAAAUUA